AUGGUCAUUACAUCAAGAUUCGCGGACGUCACCGUCCCCGACGUCGACCUCUGGUCGCUGUACAUGGAGACACCGCGAGCCUACCCCGAUAACCACCCCAUCCUCAUUGACGGCGACACGUCCAUCUCCUACACCCGCGCGCAGAUCAAGGAGUACAGCAUCGCCCUCGGCCAAGGCCUCAAGCACACCUUUUCCUGGUCCAAGGGCGACGUCCUCGCCUUCUACACACCCAAUGACAUUGACACGGCCAUUGUCAACCUCGGCCUGCACUGGGCCGGCGGCAUUGGCAGCCCUGCCAACCCCACGUACACUGUCGACGAGCUCGCCCGCCAGAUGCAGGACAGCGGCGCCAAGGCCAUCAUCACGCAGACGCCCUUCCUCGAGACCGUCCUCGCCGCCGCGCGCCAGGUCGGCCUGCCCAAGGACAGGGUCCUCCUCCUCGGUCGCCAGACGCAGCAGGGCUUCCGGCACUGGCGCGACAUUAACGCGGACGGGGCCUGGAUGAAGCCGCGCAGGACACGGGUCAACCCCGAGACCGACCUCGCCUACCUGGUGUACUCGUCCGGCACGACGGGGCUGCCCAAGGGCGUCGCGCUCACGCACCGCAACAUUGUCGCCAAUUCCUCCCAGGGCGCCGUGCUCGACCUCAAGGGGCUGAGCUGGGACUUUGACGCCCACCUCGGCGUGCUGCCCUUCUUCCACAUCUACGGCCUGUCCGUGGUGCUCAACGUCACGCUCAUCACGGGCGCGCCGUGCGUCGUCAUGCCCAAAUGGGAUCUGGAGAAGGCCUGCGCGCUCAUCCAGAAGCACAGGCUGACCUUUCUCUACGUCCCGCCGCCCAUUGUGCUCGCGCUCGGCAAGCAGCCCGUCGUGGACAAGUACGACCUGUCCACGCUGCGGUGGAUCAACAGCGGCGCGGCGCCGUGCGGUAGGGAGCUCGUCGUUGCCGUGUGGGAGCGCCUCAAGGUUGGCGUGAAGCAGGGCUACGGCCUGAGCGAGACGAGCCCGACCAUCACGACGCAGUUUGCCGACGAGUGGUUCCGCUUCCAGGGCAGCGUGGGCAAGCUGCUCCCCGGGAUGAAGGCCAAGAUUGUGGACGAGGCGGGCAAGGAGGUUCCUCAGGGCGAGUCUGGAGAGCUGCUCGUCAAGGGCGACAAUGUCUUCUCUGGGUACUGGAACCGCCCAGACCUGCAGGAGGGCACAUUCGACGAGGAUGGGUGGUUCAAGACGGGCGAUGUCUUCAAGGUGGACGACAAGGGCAACUUUUACAUUACGGACCGCAUCAAGGAGCUCAUCAAGUACAAGGGUUUCCAAGUCGCACCCGCCGAACUCGAGGAGAAGCUCCAUGGCCACCCGAAGGUCGGCGACGUCUGCGUGAUUGGCGUCUUCAACGAGGAGGAGCACACCGAGGUGCCCCGUGCCUACAUUGUGCCCAAGCCGGGCGUGGCGCCGAGCGACGAGCUGGCCGAGGAGAUUGCGAGCUGGCUGGCCGGGCGGGUGGCGCCCCCCAAGAAGCUGCGUGGCGGCGUGCGGUUCCUCGACGAGAUCCCCAAGUCGCAGAGCGGCAAGAUUUUGAGGAGGGUUGUGGCGCAGAUGGUCAAGAAGGAGGACGGGGCGGUCAAGGCGAAGUUGUAG